AUGUUCUCAGGUGGUGUUUUCUGGCUACUUGUUUCCUCCCUAGUUUCUGGCGGGCUUUCGCUACAACGGACUACGACCUACCCGUUGACUGUCAUUAGUGACGAGUCCGGUUUGCCCCAUACGUUCGAGAACAUAGCCACCCGAUACAAUGGCCAGUUACUGGUAACUUCGACCGUGUCGCCCUACCUCCACCAGGUUUCUCCCCUGCAGGAAAACCACGUAUCUCGCGUUGUCCGGGUUCCAGAAACGGCAGGAUUACUCGGUAUCACGGAACUCGAACAGGAUAUUUUUUACGUGAUCAGCGCCAACAUUAGCGGGGUUUUAGGCACUCCGGGCUCGAAUGCGGUCUGGAAAGUCGACCUUCGCAACCUUGACCAGCUGUCGGAUUCCGGAACUGUUCAUGCGCCAGUUUCCUUGGUAGCAAGAUUUCCAUCUGCAGGAGUACUCAAUGGAAUGUGUCGCUUGUCGGAGAAUGACACGUCUUCUCUUUUGAUUGCUGACUCCGAGGCGGGCCAAAUCUACAAGCUGGACGUGCACAAUGGUUCUAUUCAGACUAUGAUGAACGAGACGGCCCUGAAGGACACACAGACGGGUCUUCAGGUUGCUGUUAAUGGUAUUCAUACAUACGACUCUUAUGUGUACUUUACCAAUCUGAACCAGGGUAUCUUCGGCCGCAUCCCCAUCACCCAAACUGGUCGACCUACAGGUCCGGUUGAUGUCAUUGUCCGUGGUGCCCCUGGGGAUGACUUUGUCUUGUCCCCGAACGGCCAGAGGGCCUGGGUCGCCAUUAAUGGACACCGCACGCUAAUCGAAGUUGACAUCGCUGCGAGAUCUGCCCAGGUCGUUGUCGAAUCAUCCUACCUGGCUUCUGCGUCUGCUGUGACAAUUGGUCGAACUCUGUUAGAUCAAAACAGUCUGUACAUCUCGUCAGCUGGGGUUGAGGAUCCUACGGUGGGGAAGAAUAGCAACACCACCGGUGGCAUUGUUGCCAGAGUGGAUGUUCUCAGAAUGAUACUCUGA